GCGGCUCUUACGCCACAGCCCGGCGGCUUGAGGGCCGGGCGCCGGAAGUGAGCUGUUCCGAGGCGCCGCUGGGAGCUGCCACGUCCGAGACCCGGAGCAGCCACCGCCGCAACCAUGGUGUCAGUAAUUAACACUGUGGAUACCUCCCAUGAGGACAUGAUUCACGACGCCCAGAUGGACUACUACGGCACCCGCCUGGCAACCUGCUCAUCAGACAGGUCCGUCAAAAUCUUUGAUGUGCGCAAUGGAGGGCAGAUCCUUAUCGCCGACCUCAGGGGUCAUGAGGGUCCUGUGUGGCAAGUGGCCUGGGCUCACCCCAUGUAUGGCAACAUCCUGGCAUCGUGCUCCUAUGACCGGAAAGUCAUUAUCUGGAGAGAGGAAAAUGGCACCUGGGAGAAGAGCCACGAGCACGCAGGACACGACUCCUCAGUGAACUCGGUGUGCUGGGCCCCCCAUGACUAUGGCCUGAUCCUGGCCUGUGGGAGCUCAGAUGGGGCCAUCUCCCUGCUGACGUACACCGGCGAAGGCCAAUGGGAAGUCAAGAAGAUCAACAAUGCUCACACCAUUGGCUGCAAUGCCGUCAGCUGGGCCCCUGCUGUUGUACCUGGAAGCCUCAUAGACCAGCCUUCGGGGCAGAAACCCAAUUACAUCAAGAGGUUUGCAUCAGGUGGCUGUGACAACCUCAUCAAGCUGUGGAAGGAGGAGGAGGACGGCCAGUGGAAGGAGGAGCAGAAGCUAGAAGCGCACAGUGACUGGGUUCGAGAUGUGGCCUGGGCCCCCUCCAUCGGCCUGCCCACCAGCACCAUCGCCAGCUGCUCCCAGGACGGUCGUGUGUUCAUUUGGAACUGUGAUGAUGCCUCAGGCAAUACGUGGUCCCCUAAAUUGUUGCACAAGUUCAAUGAUGUGGUGUGGCAUGUGAGCUGGUCCAUCACAGCCAACAUCCUGGCUGUCUCCGGUGGAGACAAUAAGGUGACCCUGUGGAAGGAGUCGGUUGACGGGCAGUGGGUGUGCAUCAGUGAUGUCAACAAGGGCCAGGGCUCCGUGUCAGCGUCAGUCACAGAGGGCCAGCAGAACGAGCAGUGACAAGACAGGUGGGGCCUGGCUCCCCACCCGCCAGCUCCAGGACUGCCCCUUCCUGGGCCAACUGACCAAACAACUGGGAAGAGCCCCCAACUCCAACAGGAUUGUUUUCCCAGGAGGAGUUACAGAUGCAGCCACAGAUUGAUCAUCUGCCUUAAUGAUCGGAGAUGCUUUGUCAUCUGCUGUCCAGCUAAAAGCGCUCAUGUUAUGAGGAAGAAACUACAAAUGAAGUUCAAAUCUAUUUUAAACUAUUUUGGGCCAUUUUUAUGUACCUUUGGGUUCAGGCAUUAUUUGGGGGGUUUUGUUUCCAAAAUAACUAAAUAAAUAAAGUCAUAUUGCUUAUAA